CCUCCGCCAAUUUCUUUAUAUAAAUACAUAUAGAAAGCUCUCUCUUUUUUUUUAUUUAUUUAUAAAUAUAUAUAUAUACAUAUAUAUAUUUAUUUUGUUUUCUUUAACUCUUAAAUAUAUAUACAUAUAAAAUGGCUUCUCGUGCUUUUGCAUCUACUCUUCGUACAGUAGCUCGUUCUAAUAUUUCUCGUUCUGUCUUGGCCGUUAGACCAAUGUCUAUCUCGACUAAUAAUACCAAACGUCUUGCUACUAAAUCUGUUAUAAAUACCCAGGUUCGUGGUAUAAAAACACUUGAUUUUGGUGGUACUAAAGAGAAUGUGUAUGAACGUUCUGAUGUCCCAAAAGAAAAGUUAUUAGAAACGUUUAAGAAUGACACUAUUGCUGUUCUCGGUUAUGGUCCACAAGGUCGUGGUCAAGCUUUAAAUUUACGUGAUAAUGGUGUGAACGUGAUCAUUGGUCAACGUGAGGGUAAAACCUAUCAACAAGCUAUUGAAGAAGGUUGGGUUCCUGGUAAAAAUUUAUUCCCUGUCUUGGAUGCUGUUGAAAAGAGUACUGUGGUCAUGAAUCUUUUGUCAGAUGCAUAUCAAAAGGAAAUUUGGCCUAAGAUGAAGCCUCUUUUGACACCUGGUAAAACACUCUAUUUCUCUCAUGGUUUUUCUAUUGUCUAUAAGGAUCAAACACAUAUUGAACCUCCUGAGGGUGUCGAUGUUGUCCUUGUUGCCCCCAAGGGCUCUGGUUUCACUGUCCGUCGUCUUUUCCAAGAAGGUCGUGGUAUUAACUCUUCCUUUGCUGUCUAUCAAGAUGCUAGCGGUCAUGCAAAGGAGCGUACGAUUGCGUUAGGUAUAGGUAUUGGUUCAGGUUAUAUGUAUGAGACUACAUUUGAAAAGGAGGUAUACUCUGACUUGUUUGGUGAACGUGGUGUCUUGAUGGGUGCCAUUCAAGGUUUAUUCCAGGCUCAAUAUGAAGUCUUGAGAGCCAAUGGUCAUUCUCCUUCUGAGGCCUUUAACGAAACUGUUGAAGAAGCCACUCAAUCUCUUUACCCCUUAAUUGGUGAACGUGGCAUGGAUUGGAUGUAUUCAAAUUGCUCUACUACUGCUAUGCGUGGUGCUCUUGAUUGGUGGAGACCCUUCCAUGAUGCCUCUAAACCUGUCUUUGAGGAACUUUAUCAAUCUGUCAAAGAUGGUUCUGAAACUGCUCGCUCCUUGGAUCGAAAUUCUCAACCUGAUUAUCGUGAAAGACUUGAAGAAGAACUCAAAGAAAUUCGUGAAUCUGAAAUUUGGAGAACUGGCAAGACUGUUCGUCAACUUAGACCAGAAAAUGCCGGAAAGGAUUAA